ACAAGCACUAAAUCAAAACUCUAAAUUCACUCUAAAUAAACAUUCCCGAUGCUAUGACACUUUAAAUAGUCUUUCCAAAUGUUUCGAAACAUUUGUAGCUUGAAACAUUAUUACUUACCGUAUAAUGACAUAUAGAACAGCCAAUUAAAGUUUCGAAGCAUUUAGCACAACAAUGUUUCGAAGCAUUAAUGGUAAGCUUUAUGUAUCACUGUAGAGUAAGCUAUUAAUGUUAUAUCACAUUUGACAUUUCUUAAAAUGUUUCAAAACACUAACUUAACACUAGUGAGGGCAAUAAAAGUUUGGCAGUAUUUCGUGGUAUGUUUAUGUUUGCUGCAGGUAAAAUCGUUCGGCGCACGGUUCAGCGUCUAUAAAAAUGUGAGUCAAUUAUACAUAGUUUAACUGGACUUAGUAUUAAACUAUUCUUUUUUCCAGAACAGCUCCUUAUCGUCGCAAGAUACAAUUUUCUAGUUACGAUGGCUUUCUGCAAAAACAAAACUAGAAAGGAGGAGUUUUCGCUCUACGCCAGCUUCAACGACACUUUCGUCCACGUCACGGAUCUUUCGGGCAAAGAAACAACCUCGCGCGUCACGGGCAACAUAAACGCCAAGGCCGAUCGUGACGAGGCCUCGCCCUACGCCGCUUUGUUGGCUGCUCAGGACGUCGCCGAUAAGUGCAAGUCGCUCGGAAUCACGCUGCGUGCCACCGGCGGAAACCGCACCAAGACCCCGGGACCGGGUGCUCAGUCGACGCACCGUGCUCUGUCCUGUUCGUCAAAGAAUUUUGUGAUUUAGUGCUAUUAGUAUAAACAUAAAUAAAUGCUCUGUUUUAAUCUGGCAAGUGUUUCAGUUUUUCCUGAAGUUGUUCCUCAAGGAAGACUUAGUCGGCAAAAAUCAUCUGAAUAAACAUAUUUCAGGACGGACGAGACGGUUGGCGCAGGGCAUCUAGGUGAAACAUCUCAGUACACGCAGUUUAGAAUCUCGAAAGCAAAGCAACACAGCAAAAAAAACAAACAAACUUUCAAAAUCGUCAUCCCAGCGUAAAAGCACUCUCCCAACAAAGAGAAAGAGCUGCGCAAAGCUUUUUGAUUUUUCUAUUUUUGUUCUGUCGGUAAAGUAGUAUUUUGACGUUUUACCGCUGUAUAACUUUAUAUCAACUCUAGACUUCGCCACUCAAUUUUACCUCCAUGCGUAUAAAGUGAAUAUAAAGUUUCAAGACUCUAUAGACAAACUUUAUAUGUUGAUAU